UCGACUUUCGUCUAUUAACAAAAUGAUCAAAUAAAUGCACAAAGAAUGUAAUUGCCGGACGAUUACUUAUAUUGAAUUUUAUUCAGUCAAAGUCGACAACUAUGAUUAUUAUUAUUCAAUAAUCAAAUAAUUUCAUCUAUUCAGUCAAAGUCUACAAUAGAUGUUUUGAUUCAAAAAAAAAAAAAAAGUCUACAAUAGAUGUAAAAUGGUUUCAUAUGUCCACUUGCAAAUUACAAGUUUUGAAAAAUUCCUUGUUUUAUACAUCUCUUAUCAAAAAAAUAAUUCUUACCAAUCAUAAAUCAUUCUGCAUUCUUAAGAUUGUACAACAGUUUGAUCUUGAUUCGUGUAUCAUAUAAUUAAUCUCAGGUUAGUCCAAAUUGUUGCACCUUGAUCAGCAUUGAAUUUUUUUGCCAUUAUAUAUCAAGUAUUUAAUUUGUGUGUAAAAGAAAGACAAAAUGUUGUACUGUAUAGCGAGUGCAUCAGAAUAUUUAGUAGUAACCGGGGCAGGAAUUUCGGAUAUAAAGUUAGCCAAGAAGGCAUGGGUUCUACCAGGGCAAUCAUGCACCAAAUUCGACAUUUCACCGGUCAACUACACCUUCGAGGUGCAAGCCAUGAGCUCAGAGAAGCUGCCAUUUAUCCUGCCAGCAGUGUUUACCAUAGGGCCUAGAGCCGAUGAUGAUGAUUCCCUCAUGAAGUAUGCCAAACUCAUUGCUCCUCAUGACAAACACUCCCGCCAUGUGGAGGAGCUUGUCCAAGGUGUGAUCGAGGGUGAGACACGAGUACUUGCUGCCUCCAUGACCAUGGAGGAGGUUUUUAGUGGGGCUAAGAAGUUUAAGCAGGAAGUCUUUGAAAAGGUGCAGCUUGAACUUAAUCAGUUUGGAUUGCUCAUUUAUAAUGCAAAUAUCAAGCAAUUGGUGGAUAUUCCUGGCCAUGAGUACUUUUCUUAUUUGGGCCAAAAGACCCAAAUGGAGGCUGCCAAUCAGGCCAAGAUCGAUGUUGCAGAAGCAAGAAAGAAGGGUGAGAUAGGGUCAAAGUUGAGGGAUGGAGAAACGUUGCAGUAUGCGUCAAAGAUUGAUGCAGAAACGAGGAUAAUAUCAGUGCAAAGGAAAGGAGGAGCACAGAAGGAGGAGAUAAAGGUGAAGGCAGAGGUGCAAAUAUAUGAGAAUGAAAGGUUGGCUGAGGUGGCAGAAGCGAAUGCUGAGUUGGCAACAAAGCAGGCUAGUUGGACUAAAGAAGCACAGGUUGCUGAGGUGGAAGCUGAUAAAGCAGUCAAACUUAGAGAAGCUGAGUUGCAAAGAGAAGUUGAGAGGAUGAAUGCUUUGACUCAAACUGAAAAAUUGAAGGCUGAGUUUUUGAGUAAAGCUAGCGUUGAGUAUGAAACUAAGGUACAAGAGGCAAAUUGGGAGUUAUACCAACAGCAAAAGGCAGCGGAGGCAAAUCUAUUCAAGAAAGAAAAGGAGGCAGAAGCACAAAAGGCACUUGCUCAAGCAGCAUUUUACUCUCGUCAACAAGCAGCUGAUGCCGACCUUUAUGCAAAGCAAAAGGAGGCAGAAGGUAUACUAGCACUUGCCCAAGCACAAGGCACCUAUUUACGUACCUUAUUAGAGGCACUUGGGGGCAAUUACGCAGCUCUAAGGGACUAUAUGAUGAUUAACAAUGGCAUGUUUCAAGACAUUGCUAGAAUUAAUGCUGAGGGUAUCAAGGGCUUGCAACCUAAGAUUAGUGUGUGGACAAAUGGUGGUGAUGGAUCGAAUGAUAAGACAGCCGGCGGUACAGCAAUGGCAGAGGUCGCAAAUAUCUAUCGGACUUUGCCACCGUUGUUUAAGACAGUUCAAGAACAAACUGGGAUGGUUCCACCUGCAUGGUUGGGCUCACUCAAGGACACUGGUCAUACAUAUGAUUGAGACAAUUUUAUUUCGAAUUAGGCCCUCACUUGACCUUAUAUUUGUUGAAAUAAAAUUAUUUUUACUGAACUAAAAUUAUUUUUGCUGAACUUAUGUAUUUAUGCUGUUCUAGAUUUAUUUGCUACUCAAAGUUUGUGACUAAACGUUUUGUUAUUGAGUGGUCUAUAUUCUUCAGUCAUUGUAUCAUUCGUAUGACAAUAAUUUUAGUAGAGUUUUUGUCGCCAACUAAUAUGCAAUCCGCAUUUGCAUCUAAAUUGAUAUAUAAAAUUAAGGGAACAAAAAAAAUGGCAUUCUGUAUUUGAAUAGAAUUAGUUUACAUUAAACCAGAAAUGUGGUUUCAGAUCCUGUUUUUGACAUAUUAUUGAUUUGAUAGGAGCCAUAGGAUGAAUUAAAUUAAGAUAUUAACCAUAGGAUUUACCACUGCUUAUUCGCAUCACAAACUCACAACAAUACAACCCAAAAAUAUAUCGACAGAACGUCUCAAAAUGUAACUGCAACCAAAUUGUUUAAGGUGGGAAU